AUGAGUCCGUGGCAGUGGGCGAGGGCGUGGGUGUGGCUGGUUGGGCUGGGGGCCGUUGCAGCAGCACCCACCCCGGAGGGCGCCAAGACCUGGGCCCUGGGAGCAGCCGCCCCGCGCUUCCUGGACAGACCUGACUUCUUUGAUUACCCGGACUCCGACCCAGCCAGGCGCCUGGCCGUGGCCGGGUUUAUCGGCGAGAAACCCGUCAUCUUUGUGAAGUCAGGUUCCAACCCCAAGCUCUUCCAUCACAUCCUGGUGGGCAUCCUGGUGGCGGCAUUCUUCUUCUUCCUCUUCCAGUUCUGCACACACAUGAGCUGCCAGAAAGGGGCCUGAGGAGCCAGGCCGAGCGCUCAGACCCACCCUCCGCC